GGCGAGAAACACAUUAAAAUUUGAACAUCUGAGAUAGUACUUCAAGUCUUUCCAAGCGUGAAAUGAUUAUUUAAAACUGACAACUAACGAACCCAACAGUUUAGUUCAGUACUACCUAACACAUAACCCGGUCCAGCUUAGUCACAAUGUUUCGGCAUUUCCUAGCGGGUUUUCUACUGGCCUUAUCAUCCCCGCCAUCGCAAGCCACGAUCGGUAUCGCGAUCCGCGAGGUUCACUUUGAGAACAACGCAGACUACGCCAAGGUCUUUAUCACGCUGCGGAACGGCACGGGCGGCAGCAGCCGCAGCAGUACGGUGGUCGAUAUCGACGCACUGAUCUACCAGAACAUCUCGUCCGGUCUGCAGCUGCGAAUGGAUCUGGCUGCCCGGGAGGCCGGUUCCGACCAUCAGUAUCUAACGCUGCUCGAGUCAACCGUUGAUGUCUGCGCGCGGGACAGCUCCGACGACUUGCUCGUGUCGAUGAUGAUGGACGGAAUGAACCAGUACAGAAACCUGACCAUUGAGUGCCCCUUUGAAACGGGUAAUUACGCGGUUCGAAACUUCCACAUCGAUACGAACAACACGCUGAUUAGACUGGCACCUCCCGGGGAGUACCGCGUGGGAAUCGAUGUUAAGCACCAGGCGGAAAACAGAUCGGUGCUUGUUCCAGUGUUUGGUAUUGAGUUUUAUGCAAACAUUUUUGUAGUUGAUCAUUAAUUUAGGUUA